UAUCUCUUUAUCAUUUCAAGAGAGAAAAUGUGCAAAACCAUAAUUCUCAUGCCAUUAAUUCUGACUGUAGCUCUUAUUGUGCAGACCUGUUUCGUCGUUGCUGAGACCAAGGUUUAUGUAGUUUAUCUGGGAGAGAAGGAGAAUGCUAAUAUAAAGUCUGUCACUGACUCUCACCAUCAGAUGUUGUGGUCACUUCUUGGAAGCAUAGAGGCUGCCCAUGAUUCAAUAGUGUACAGUUAUCGUCACGGCUUCUCAGGCUUUGCAGCCAAGCUCACUGAGUCCCAAGCCCAAGAAAUUUCAGAACUUCCUGAAGUAGUACAAGUCAUACCGGAUACAAUAUACGAACUGACAACAACUAGAACUUGGGAUUACUUGGGUCUGUCUCCGGGUACUCCACAGAGUCUCCUACAUAAGACCAACAUGGGAAGUUCAGUCAUUGUUGGGGUCAUUGACACAGGAGUGUGGCCAGAAUCUGAGAUGUUUAAUGACAACGGCUAUGGACCUAUACCGAGCCGUUGGAAAGGCGCCUGUGAAUAUGGAGAUCUCUUCAGUCCCUCGAAUUGUAACAGAAAGCUGAUAGGAGCUAAAUUCUUUAUCGAUGGCUUUUCUUCUGAAUUUGAAGUCUUGAACACAACACAGAAACCUGAGUACAUUUCCCCAAGAGACUUUAACGGUCAUGGUACUCACGUCUCCUCUACCGUUGGUGGUUCUUAUGUGGCUAAUGUGAGCUACUUAGGCCUUGGAAGAGGAACUGUGAGAGGCGGUGCUCCUCGUGUCCAUAUAGCAAUUUAUAAGGCGUGUUGGCUACAUGGAGUAUGUUCAGGAGCAGAUGUCUUAAAGGCAAUCGAUGAAGCUAUUAAUGAUGGUGUUGAUGUUUUGUCACUCUCUCUUGGAUUGAACGUUCCUUUAUAUCAAGAAACUGAUAUGAGGGAACUGCUCUCUGUGGGAGCAUUCCAUGCAGUAGCAAAGGGCAUUCCUGUUGUAGCUUCAGCUGGUAAUAAUGGCCCUGGGGCUCAGACCAUUUCGAAUGUAGCUCCUUGGAUCUUGACGGUGGCUGCAACCACUCAAGACCGUUCCUUUCCCACAAUCAUCACACUUGGGAACAAUAUAACAAUACUGGGUCAAGCAAUCUUUGCUGGUCCAGCACUCGGCUUUGUUGAACUUACUAUCCCAGAUAAACCAUUUUCUAGUGACUGCGCCGAGCUCCCGGGUAAUCCCAAACAUACAAUGGAAGGAAAAGUUGUGUUAUGUUUCACAGCAGAUUCAAACGCUGGGGCUAUAGUUAAUGGUAUACUCGCAGUAAAAAAUGCAGGUGGUCUCGGGGUAAUCGUUGCAAGAAAUCCAACCUACUCGCUUAUUCCAUCUCGUGACUUUCCAUGUGUUAUGGUAGACUUUGAGCUCGGAACUUACAUUCUUUUCUACAUACGCUCCACUAGAUCUCCAAUUGUAAAGAUAGACGCUUCAAAAACACUUGUUUCAUACCCCGUGGCGACCAAGGUACCAACUUUCUCAUCAAGAGGACCCAAUUCGAUUUCUCCAGCGAUUCUUAAGCCGGAUAUAGCAGCACCUGGUGUGAACAUACUAGCAGCUACUUCUCUAAAUAGUUCUAUCAGUGAUGGAGGAUUUGCUAUGACGUCAGGUACAUCAAUGGCCACUCCUAUUAUUGCAGGAGUUGUAGUCCUCCUCAAAGCAUUACACCCUGAUUGGUCACCUGCUGCUAUCAAAUCAGCUAUUGUCACUACAGCAUGGAAAACUGAUCCAUCCGGGGAGCCCAUUUUCGCAGACGGGUCAGGCCGCAAGCUAGCAGAUCCCUUUGAUUACGGAGGAGGCCUAGUGAAUCCGGAUAAAGCUGCAAGACCAGGUCUCAUAUACGAUAUCAACACUAAUGACUAUGUCUUGUACUUAUGCUCUACUGAUUACAAUGACACCUCCAUUUCCCAAGUCGUCGGAAAGAAAACAGAAUGUCCUAACCCGAAACCUUCUGUUCUUGAUCUAAACUUGCCAUCUAUCACAAUACCAAACCUAAAAGACAAAGUCACUCUCACCAGAACUGUCACUAAUGUGGGACCACCCAACUCAAUAUACAAAGUUUUGAUCAAUCCUCCAUCCGGCGUUAGAAUGACCGUGAAACCAAAUAUGCUAAGGUUUAAUCCUAGGACCAAAAAAGUUUCUUUUACAGUGACAGUUUCGACAACGCACAAAGUAAAUACUGGCUAUUACUUUGGAAGCUUGACAUGGACUGACAAUGUGCACCGUGUGGUCAUCCCAGUAUCUGUCAGAACCCAGAUCCUCGAACGAUACCACGAUGAGAACUGAUGUAAGGGAAAGCAUAUUUGUGAAAAGACAAGUACUAUACUUUAUUGUCUUGUUGAGGUGUAAAGCAGAUUGCUAAUGAAUUAAUAAUAAUAACU